AUGACACCCGCGCUUCAGCCGGGCCUGGCCCGAGAGUCUGGUUUGUUCAUUUCGUCGCUGAAGGUACGGAGUAUACUACGAGGUACACUCUACGGCGCGGAGGAAGGAAGCAGACGAUGGUUUGUCUUGCCUCUCGCCUCUCUCUCGGUGCCACAGGUGAGGUCAGACCUUCAACCCAGAAAUCCCGAGAUCGGCGGACGCAGUGUCGAUGGAUACCUGAAGCAGUUGAAAAACGCUCAGUUUAUCUGGAUGAGCCAGUCGCGGCAGCUGGAGUCGAGUGCCCGAUGUCCACACGGGCCCACUGUCGGGAAGCCUGGUAUUUGGUGA